AACUCUUGUCCUGUACCUGACAUUUCUCCUGCCCCUAGGAGAGAGCUGCUCCCACUGUGCUAGCUCUCGCCUCUCUCAGGGCAUCUGGAGUCCCCCCAGGGAAGUUGGGCAUUCUGUGGCUGCUGCUGCUGCUGCUGGAGGGGGAGCUCCGAAGUGCCGGUGUCCCUCCUCUGGGUGAGAGACUCGUGUGUUUUUCCGUUUGUCAAUGAGAGCUGGAGGGAUCAUUUUUCCCAUUCUGCCUGAGACACUGCAGCUGUUUAGCAGGAGGCUAUGGCAACAGAGCAUCUUGUUCCUCCUCGGUAGCACUGCCUCAGUAGGACUGCAGAUGGGCCAGCCUGGCUCGUGGACUUCAGGGGAUCCUUCAAGGGCUGGUCACUGGUCUUCUGUUGGAGGAGAUUGGAGCAUCCCAAGAAACCCAGGAGGUGUGUGUAUGAAUGCGUGUGUGCGUGUGUGAUGGGCGGAGGAGGGUAGGGUACCAGAAUCCGGGCUCCCAGCAAGACAGACCACAGAGUUUCCAUCCUUAUGCAGCUUGGGCCAGCUCUGAAGGAACUUGGGUUCUCAGAGAGCAAGUUUUCUAAAAGCAAGGUUACCCUGAGACUUUUAGGACUCCCAGUUCCUAAAGGAAGACGUAGAGGGCUGGCAGAAGGGAGCUGGGAUUGGACCGAGGGGAAACUCUGCAUGGGGCAGGGGCCCUGGUGUUCAAAGCAGAAAAAGAAGGGAGUGGUCAGGGAUGACUAUCCUAAUGGCUGCAGUACCGCUGGGGACUGUAGCCUGCACUUUGAGUUCACAAAGAAGGGGAAAGAGAUCCACAACCAAUCCUGGGAAGACUCUGGAAAGCUGGCAAAAGCAGCCAACCGUGAUCAGCUGGUGACAAGAGAAAUUUUGGGGGGACAUUCACUUCAGAGAGGAGGAGGAAGAGGCAGAGGCAGAAGCCAGGCCAUUCUCCCAAUCAGCAUGGUUCCUGGGUCCUCUGGGAAGAGCAAGAAGGGCAUCUUUUUGUCCUCCUCCUCAUCUUCUGCUGAGCAAAGGACGGGACGCCUUCCGAUGCUGAAAGGUUAUUUGGGUCGCAGAGGAGCACCCCAGCUCCAGCACACUCCCAGGGGUCUCAGCUUCACCAAAGACCCAGAGAUCCAGGUGCUGCAGAUGGCGCACGAGGAGCCCAGGGGCCAGCUGGGAUGUCAAAGGGUCAAUCCCCUUCGCUUCGUGGGCCUGCCAGAGAGUCUGGAAGCUGGAGGAGGUGGAGUCGGGGAAUUGGCCCAAAGAGAAUGGGCUGAGCCUUGUGAGGAAGGACUGGUCGGGCAGAAGCCUGCUGACGUGGAGCAGCUGCUCAAACAGUCUCAGAGGGAGCUGCUUUGGCUACAGAGACAGCUGGCCUUUGUCUCCACCGGAAGUCCCACCUACCUCCUGCCUCCAAACAGAUUCAGAAAUGAUCUGUAUUUGCAGCCUACAGUUGCCCAGAAAGCCUUUGGUCAGUUCCUACUUUUAGAAGAGCGGCCACGGACUUCCCCAGCUCAUGUACCUGUUCUGAACCCAGAUUCUCACCAUUGGAGCCUUGCAGAGCAUGAAUUGAAGGAUGCUGCACAAGGGAAGAGUCGCCUGAGACUUCAGUAUGCUAACCUUUCCCACAAGGCAUUGCAGUAUGAGCAGGUAAAAGCAGACUAUGAUCGUCUCAGCCACAUCCUCACCAUAGUGACCAAAGAACGUGAUUUGGCCCUGAAGGAGAAAUACCAGCUCCAAGCCAAACUGGAGAAUCUAGAGCAGGUCCUAAAGCAUAUGCGAGAGGCCGCAGAACGGCGGCAACAGUUGGAAUUAGAGCAUGAGCAAGCCCUGGCCGUUCUCAACGCGAAGCAGCGGGAAAUCGAACUCCUGCAGAAGGCUCAGGUUGAAGCCAAGAAAGAGCAUGAAGGAGCAGUCCAGCUGCUAGAGUCCAAGGUUCGAGAACUGGAAGAGAAAUGUCGGACCCAAAGUGAGCAGUUCAACCUCCUGUCUAGGGAGCUGGAGAAGUUUCGGCAGCAGGCGGGGAAGAUCGAUCUGUUGAGCGGUAACUCUGUGGUCUCCUUGGAUAUCCCAGCCUCCCCUAACAAGCCUUUCACCCACUUUAUGAAUGGAAUAGCCGCCUCCUUUGGCAAAGGUCAGGACAGUCCUUCUGGAAGUCAUUCUGUGAUUGCUGAAUUUAUUCGACCCCGUCCACUCUCCAGUGACAAACCUGAACCACUGUCUGUCAAACCUACUUUUCUAUCCAGGUCAAGAUCUGGCAGCCCAGGAUGCAGAUUUGAAUCAGACAUGGAUAAUGAACGGAAUUCCAAUACCUCAAAGCAGAAAUACUCGGGGAAAGUUCAUCUGUGUGUUGCCCGCUACAGUUACAACCCCUUUGAUGGACCAAAUGAAAACCCGGAAGCUGAACUCCCCCUCACAGCAGGAAAAUACCUCUAUGUAUAUGGUGACAUGGAUGAAGAUGGAUUCUAUGAAGGAGAACUCCUAGAUGGGCAGAGAGGACUGGUCCCUUCCAACUUUGUGGAUUUUGUCCAAGAUAAUGAAUCCCGUUUGUCCAACACACUGGGGAGUGAACAGGAUCAGAAUUUUAUCAACCAUUCUGGUGUGGGCUUGGAAGGAGAGAGCAUCCUCGAUCUAAAUUCACCCACCCAAGGAGACUCCAGCAUCAUCAACAAUGGGACUGGGACGCUGGAUGUGAACAUUGAUGAGAUCGGAGAAGACAUUGUGCCUUACCCUAGACGAAUCACCCUUAUCAAACAACUAGCCAAAAGUGUUAUUGUGGGCUGGGACCCCCCAGCUGUGCCACCAGGAUGGGGGACAGUGAUCAGCUACAAUGUCCUUGUUGACAACGAGACCCGCAUGAAUCUCACCCUGGGGAGCAGAACUAAAGCCCUGAUAGAAAAGUUGAACAUUGCAGCCUGCACAUACCGGAUCUCCGUGCAGAGCAUCACGAACCGGGGGAACUCGGAUGUACUCCAGUGCACCCUGCUCGUGGGCAAGGAUGUUAUCGUGGCCCCUUCCCACUUACGGGUGGACCACAUCACUCAAAUUUCGGCUGAGCUCUCCUGGCUCCCAACCAACAGCAAUUACAGCCACGUCAUCUUUCUCAAUGAGGAGGAAUUUGACAUCGUCAAGGCUGCAAGGUAUAAGUAUCAGUUUUUUAACCUGAAGCCCAACAUGGCUUAUAAAGUGAAGGUUUUGGCUAAACCCCACCAGAUGCCGUGGCAGCUUCCUCUGGAGCAAAGAGAAAAGAAAGAGGCCUUUGUGGAGUUUUCUACUCUUCCAGCAGGUCCUCCAGCUCCACCUCAAGAUGUCACCAUUCAAGCCGGGACCACUCCAGCAACCAUUCAGGUCUCCUGGAAACCACCAACUCUCACACCCACUGGGAUGUCCAAUGGAGCAAAUGUGUCUGGCUAUGGUGUUUAUGCAAAAGGGCAGAGGGUGGCUGAAGUCAUCUUCCCGACAGCUGACAGCACAACUGUUGAGCUGAUGCGCAUCCGGAACCUGGAAGCCAAGGAGGUGACUGUGAGAACCCUUUCCACCCAAGGUGAAUCCAUGGAUUCUUUAAUAGCUGCCAUUCCACCCGACCUACUGGUGCCUCCAACCCCACACCCUCGAACUACUCCCAAACCUAAGCCAUUAGCAAGUGCCGGAGCCCCAGAUACCAAAGACGAACAGUUGGGUCCCCACAUCAAAAUGGAUGAGUCUUGGGAGCAGACUCGCUCAGCUGCCCCCACACAUGGACACAUGCUGGAACCUCCGACAUCCAACUUUCCCGGCUCGGCUCCUGGGAGGCGGUCACCCUCACCCAAUCGAAUUCUCCCACAGCCGCAGGGCACCCCAGUCCCCAACACUGUGGCCAAAGCCAUGGCACGGGAAGCUGCCCAACGGAUGGCAGAGAGCAGUCGAUUGGAGAAAAGGAGCCUGUUCGAAGACAGGAGCAGGGCUGGGCAUUAUGCAAACUCUGAUGAGGAGGAAGAGGAUGGCUAUGACUCACCAGACAUCAAAAGGAGAGGAGCUUCUGUGGAUGAUUUUCUGAAAGGCUCCGAGCUUGGCAAGCAGUCACACUAUGGUCAUGGAGAGGAGUACCACACAGAGAGCAGCCGGGGCUCUGACCUGUCUGACAUUAUGGAAGAAGAUGAGGAGGAACUUUAUUCUGAAAUGCAGCUGGAGGAUGGGGGCAGGAGGCGGUCCAGUGGAACCCCCCACAACACUCUGAAGGAGUGCUGUGACAAUAGGACCACCACCGAUGCAACUUUUUGGGAACAGCCCGAAUUUCCCCAACAGACCCACCACAGUAAAAAACUUUUCAGUAUCCCAGAAGUAGCUGAAGAGGAUGGAGACUAUUCCGAGCUGCUGCACAAACAAGGUUUAGGGUUGUCCUAUAAGAUGAAAGCCCCAGGACCCAGAGGGCCUAGGUACCCCAGGUGCUGCAUUGAAGACAAACCCCAACAUGCCACCUGGUUCCCUACCAAGCACAGGCUGUCUGGCUUUGCCCACCACUCAGAGGACUCUGCUCCUGAAGAUAAAGGUUGCAGAUUUAGCCGGUCCCUCACCCGGAGCCCAGACAGUGGGCUUGACUGCGGGAGUGAGGAAGAGGAGUCUCGGUUUAGCUUCCGAAAUGUUCAUGGCCAUAUGUCCCCUCAUGCCGGCCCCCCCUGUUGCCAAGGCCGGAGCCCCUGUUCAUGCUGGAGAAGUCCGAGGCCCCUUCUAGCCCGUAGGAAAACACUGACCCGGCAGACCAGCAUUGAGGAAGACUUUGGAGAGCAGUUUGCCCCCAGUGAGGUCAUCAGGAGCAAUGAGAGCACACCUGGCCCUGAGAGAACUAGCCCCAGGAAGAGUUACUUCAGUGAGCCCAUCAAGUCAGAAGACCCUUGCUGUGCCUGGAAGGUCAAGAUGAGUGACAGCAGGGCAGCUGUCCCACUUACAAAAUCAACUCCCAGAGAUGGAGAAGGUUCUUUGCUUUUAGGAAAUCCAGCGUCUGCCGGACGGACUGAUAGGGUGGAUCACACGGGUCGAAGGUUAUCACAUGGCAGUGCUGGACCUCAGAGGCCCCGGCCAAUGAUGGUCCCUUCCAUUGAUGGGUAUUGCAGCCGAGAUCGCCUGUCUCCAGACCUGUAUGAGGAAUCUGAAACAGACCCUGGCACCGAGGACCUUUCGGUCCGAAUAUUUGUGGCUCUCUUUGACUAUGAUCCACAUACAAUGUCUCCCAAUCCUGAUGGGGCAGAAGAAGAGCUACCAUUUAAGGAAGGACAAAUCAUUAAGGUUUAUGGAGACAAAGAUGCUGAUGGCUUCUACCGUGGAGAAACCUGUGCCCGACUUGGCCUUAUUCCUUGUAACAUGGUCUCAGAAAUCCAAGCAGAUGAUGAAGAGAUGAUGGACCAGCUCCUCAAACAAGGCUUUCUCCCUCUGAAUACCCCUGUGGAAAAAAUAGAAAGGAACAGACGAAGUGGCAGGCAGCACCCUGUGUCUACGAGAAGAAUGGUGGCUCUCUACGACUAUGAUCCAAGAGAAAGCUCUCCUAAUGUUGAUGUAGAGGCAGAACUGACAUUUUGUACAGGAGACAUUAUUACUGUGUUUGGUGAAAUUGAUGAAGAUGGAUUUUAUUAUGGAGAGCUCAAUGGACAAAAGGGCCUGGUUCCUUCAAACUUUCUGGAAGAAGUGCCUGAUGACGUUGAAGUCUACCUUUCGGAUACACCAUCCCGUUAUUCUCAAGAUGCCCCAAUGCGUACCAAGGCAAAAAGGGUUCCUCCUGAGAAUACAGGUACGUCAAGGAGAGCACCAUCCCCCACAGUCCAUCUUCAUUCUGGGUCACCUCCGUCAACUAUGGGUUCUGGUAGUCCUGGGAGAGGCAGGGAAAGGGCCUCGAAAAAGAAAAAGGGUCUGCUUUCCAAAGGGAAGAAACUUCUGAGAAAGCUGGGCGCGGUGAAGUGACCCAUGUACGUCUGGACGACUCGUAACGCCUGGCCUAUGUAAUUUCCUUUCAUCCCAAACUAGGGCUUUCAUGACUCACUCAAGUACUUUCUGAAACCAUUUUUUUUUAUUUUUUGCCCUUCCUUUCUGACACCAGUAGGGGAAAAAAAAUACAAUUUUGCACUAUGGUCCACUUUAACCAACUGCAAGAGUAAAGUGGGCCUGUUCUUUCCAAGUCAUUGUUGCCAAUCUGCUCUGAUUUUUCCAAAGUAUGAUUUUUGGGGAAGGGAAAACCAUUAAAGGUCAGGUGGAUGAAGAGCUACUGGGGUAGCCGCUGCCCACCUGGAGUAUCUCAUCUUUCUGCAUUUGUUACCUGCCCUUAAAGGGAUGACUUUCAAGUUUCUCCUUUUCCAAAUGCUUGCCUCAUGAUGCGUAAAUGUCACUUAACUAUGGUCUUGAAAUUCCUAGUUUAUUCAGCCUUGAUGUUCUGCCUUAUAAAAUGCACAGUGAUUUGUACUGUCUAGUAAAUAUACAGUGUAUACUUUGUAUGUGUUCUACAUUCAAAUGUCUUCAUUCUCAUUGAAACCAGAGUUUGAAAUCAAGUAACUUGUUAUUGACUCUAUUUGAUGUUUGUAAUUUGGGAAAAAAGAAAAGUUAUUUCAUUUGAAUUUUAUGUUAGACAUUGGCCUGUGUUCGACUGAUUGGGGGAAAAAAAUAAAUUACAAAUACAAGCUAGAAAUGAAAUUCUCAUGCCCUAUCAGUCAUUCAAAAAAAUAAAAUCAAAACAUUGUAAAACCUACUUUGGGCUAUUCUCCUCCAUGCAAUGUCCAAGUCCUCCAACCUGCUGGAAAGCAAGCGUUUUUGCCCCUUCCGUGUUUCUUCUGUAGCUGUGCAAGUUUCAGUUCAUUCAUUUUUCACUUUUUGGAUGUCAGCGUGAAAUACACGGAAAUGGGCUCAUCAGUGAGGUGUCACACGUGUGUGUCUAAACUGCUACAUACCAGGCACAAAAGGCACAAGGAAGGUAUUCUAAAUUUCUGAGCCCCAUCUGCUUCCAUGCCCAUUUUUCAGUAUUGGCAUCUGCUGAACAAAAGCGGUCUUACCAGUUGCUGGCCAAUCUAUUUGGUCAUAACUAUUUUGUAACUCUUGUCCCCUUGAAAAUUGUUUUUACUGUUUAUACAUACUUUUCAGACUGCCUUUCUUUUGUAAUUUAUGAAAGGUUUAUAAAUGAUCAAAGCUUCCCCCCAUUGUGUCUUCAAAGAACUCGACUGUAAAUUAUUGUAAAAAAAAAAAGCGAUUAUUUGUGUGUGCUAGAUGUAUGAAAUUUAAGACAACUACUGGCCUAAACUUGUGGUUAAAUAUUGUGUGGGUGUGUGCAUGUGUACAGUUCAUGUAAAAUAUUUUAUGUAAAUAAAAUAUUUGAUAUUUUAUA